AAAUUUCUGCCUGUCUAUAGAUGCGAUGUUGGCAUGGCAACGGCCUUGAUCCAGAAAAAGGAAUUUGAUAAAGGAGCCUUCUUAUACGGGUAACCUUAGCGGUGAAUCUCGUGAACAAAAUCGCAAAGACAAAGUAACUAGAUUUCGUUCUGUAACGUAUUCUAGAUAGCUAGGGUUAUUGGUAAAUACCCUAGGGAGCCACCUUAAAGGGACUGGUUCACGAUAAUGCGCACGCGCGCCGUUCGUCUCUUCAGAAAAAAUUUGUCGGGUCAACACUAAAUUCGAAAUAGCUAUUACCGGUACAAUCAUUGAAAAUCCUUCGUUUUAUUCGGACAUCCGUCGCUUUGGCUGGUCUAGUUAUACUUCGGUAGUGGUGAUUAAUGUGUGGUUGUGUCGUUUGACUGGUUACGUUUUAAGAAGACGCAAAAAAUAAUGUUUUGAUCAUGGAGGUUCAGAAGAGCAUCGUGGCCGUCCGGCAACAGGACGUUCUCAAGAGUCUUUGAGAUAGAGAAGCUUAGCCUAUCGAUCUGGUAUGGUUCUAGAAGUAGUUGUGGCUUACGAAAAGAAAUACACGACACUUGGAAAGUGGUUAAAGGCAUGAGUUCGUCAGAACUCACACAUGCGCAUUAUCGUGAACCAGUCCCUUUAAGACGAGAACGGAAAGCGGAAAUUGUUUCUGUAUCCGUGUUGUCUAAAGUAAGUUUAGAUUAAUUGUCAUGUCCACAAAUUUGGAAUACAGAGAAAGACAGAGACAAAGGAAAAGAGAAAGUAGGCGACAGGCCAGCAAAGCUCAACAAGAAAAAGGAGCGAUAGGGAUCUAAAGCGAGAGAUAAAAGACAAAAGAGACUUUUUUUUGUCGGAAGAACAACAUGAAAAUUUUUGUAGCGGCGGUGGGAAAAUAAAUGUUAGCGGCCACCAAGGUGAAAAUAUGCGGCAGUGAAAAAAAAAUGAACAAGAACUCGUACGGCAUUUCCUCCAUAAAACGUGUAACCAGGAUGUUUCUGGAAGUUCCACGUUGUAGUCGUGCAAAACAACGCCAAAGAAAUGUACAAAACAAGUGUGCUGCAAGUGCAAAGUUGUUUUUUUGCUAACUAGACCUAUUGUUGUUUUUUCACUGUUCUCGCUUCCUUCGCCGCUUAGCAUUACACGAAUUGAUAUUUUGCUUUGGUAAACUAUAAAAAUUAUCGAGAGCUUCGCUUUUUAGCCCCGGCUAAAUCUAUAUAUUAUUGUUUUACCUAUUGUUUACGACUGAUAGACAAAAUCCACAAAGGGCAAAUGUAAACGUGAUUACAUAAAACAGUCAAUAUUCCUAGAACAUAUUCUUGUUUAGGAAAAACUCUGAAUUUUGCUGGAGCUCGUUUGUAAAAGAUCACAAAACUUUACCGACCAGGAGAAACAUAAAAUCAAGCAAAUUUACAUUUGGAACCCCAUGAGUACCGGAUGUAAACCCCAUGAGUACCGGAUGUAAACAUUGGUUUACAUCAUCAGUAUGGAAUUUCUGUCGCUGAGUCGCAGGCGUUCCGUUCUGGCGAAACGUUCCUAGCGGCGAGGUGCGAGGAGAAACGGCUGUAUUCGCAGGCUUUUAUUAAUGCCCAUUUUUCAACAACUACUAGAUUGACGACAAAUUUCCUUUUGUCCCCCGUCGGCAAUACAAAUUUGGUUGCAAUAGUAUAGGCGGAUUCAUCGUGACGUCAUUGUUUACAUUUUUGCUCAUUAGCAUAUGAGUUAAUUCAUAGAAGAUGUAGCCUUUUAUACCAAUUAGGUUAAAAAAUUAAAAGAGCUGCUUAAUUUAUGCAGUUAGCCUUUAUACAAGUUUCAGCUCUUUGCAAUCAGUAACAAAGAAAGUAUCAGCGAUUGAAGACUGAAAAAUUACUGGGUGGCAAAACGUCAAUGAGCCCAAAAUACAUUCUUUAUAAAUUAUGGGGUUUUUCAAAGAGAAUUUAUCGAUCCGAAAAUCGGGCUCAACUUAUCAGAGAAAAAUGAAAUUGUUGUGCUCUUUCAAUAUUCAGAAAUUUUAUAAGCUUCAUCAGAAAAUGAUAAGCCUAUGCUAAUGAGGCAAAAAAUGUAAACAAGGAUUCGCCUAUAAAUGCACGAUAUUGAUAGCGAUUCUUGGUUUUUAAGAGCACUUACCUGAACAUUUAUUACUUUGCCACAACUACUUGAGUAGGAGUUAAAUAGGGUUUCAUUCAUUUUAAUUAUACCGUGUUUAGGUCCAACAUUGAAUGGUGCGUGGAUCGGUUUGAAUGAGAGCAUGCGCGUUUGGUCUGAUGGUAUCCCUGUGAGCUACACCAAGUGGGCUUCCGGCCAGCCGGAUUACGGGGGCGAUAACCAGAAGUGUGCGGCAAUGGCGAUUGAUGGUGGAAGCUGGAAAGGCACUUCUUGCAAAAACAAACUUCCUUUUGUUUGUGAGGUAGAAAUUUGA